UUCAAAAUAGUAGAAAACAUUAACAUCCAAUCAGUUGCUUCCAGAAUUUAUGGAAAAAAAUAAAAUUCCAAAGACACAAAUGGCAUAUUUUUCGUGAACAGCGUAUGUUUGGAAAAAUAUUGAAGGAUUGACGCAAAAUAUCAGUCAAAAAUGUCUUCCACUGAAGCUGGUAAAUAAUGACAGAAAUUUUCCAUUUAGUUUCCAUUUAGCUACUGAUUUAAAUGUUUUUCCUAAAUAAACAAACCACAAUGUGUUGAUACAACCUAUCUACUCCCUACCUCAGUGUUCCCAGGGCAAAGCAUAGAUGUGGGCAUGACGACAAAAUAUAUCAUGAUACAUGAAAACAUUUCUAUGAUAGACAAUAUGAAUCACAAUAUAUAGGUUUGCUAACAAACUGCAAAAAAAAAAUUAAAUAAACAUUUAAAACAUUUGUUGUGAUGAUGAUUUAAUUCAGUGUUUAGGAAAAUAAAUAAACUUUAAAAAGGACAGGGGAAAUCUGUUUUUAAAAAAAUCAUUAUUUUACAAUUUGAAAGAUUCCAGGAUUUGUAAUUGUUUUUAAAAAGUAAUAAUAAAAUUAUAAAAAGAUACCAUGAUGCUCACAAUAUCUCGGAAAAGUGUAUUGUGACAAUCAUGAUAUUGAUAUUACACUGUUAUAAUCACUUAUAUUGUUAUAAUCACAGACACUAAUAAAGCCAUUUCUGAAGAUAAAGUAAUUAAUCUUAUUUGUCACUAAAGUUUAGUGCAUAAAUGUCAAAAACUGAAUUGGAUUUAGAUCUAAGCUUUCAACAAUCGCAUCAACGUAAAGUUAUAGUAUAUAACCAUAUUCAGAUAUUUCAUAUUCAAACAAGACCUACACACUUAUUUAUGCCUUCACUUCCUGUAGGCUAGAUUGUUGUAAUAGCCACUUUCCGCUUAACCGCUUUCCCCUAAAAGACUAUUAGACAGGUGAUGCCCACUCAACUGCUGCUGCAAGAAUAUUAUCCAGGAACAACAGAAAUUCCCAGAUCCUUCCACUACAGGACCAAGUUAAAUGUUGCUGCUUGUUUUUUUAAAGAGCUAAGGGACUUAGGACGUCAUUUCUGACAUGCUGGAAAUAGGCCAGUAGGCUUCACCAAAACAUGGUGAAACAGCUUUCAGCCACUACAUUACCCACAGCUGGAAACAGUUCCCAGGGCACCUCAGCUGUUCCCAAAUUUUAUCCCUUUAAAUGCAGGCUGAAAACAUUUUUGUUCUCUUAUGUCUUUGAUUAAAUGCUUAGCCUGUGCACUGCAUUUCCUCUGUGCAAUUUUUUCGAAUCAUUGCAAAAUUUAUUCCAAAAUGAAAACAGGAAAACAAGGAAUCAGCUGUUUAUUUUAUUUUUGUUUUCCUUGAUACACACUAAAAUAGGAAAUUAAUUCAUUCCAUUCAAACCAUUUCUGUUUAUAGUGCUCUGGCUAUUUACGUCCUAAGACCCAGUUUUCCAAAUUUUGUUACCAAACCUCCUGUCAUCUUGUUUUAUUCCUAACUUCCUCUCACCAAGUGACUAUGCAGGUUUGGUGUGCUGAGCUCACCUGCUAACCCUGACCAGAUGAAGUGUGGAGUUGCCAACCGCUUCCCAGCUUUCUCCCUCAGCUUUAGCCGUCCCAGGCGUUCCAUCUCCAGGGGUUCGCCCCAAAACAUCGAGCUCAUCGCCAUCCCUAAGACAGUGUCUCUGGGCACCAAUGUGUUCCCUGAGUAUCAGCUCCAGAAUCCAGACGUUCAUAAGUGGAUCAUGCUGCACUACAGUCCCUUUAAGGCAGCAUGGGAUUGGGUCAUCCUGCUGCUAGUGCUCUACACUGCAAUCUUCACCCCCUACUCAGCCGCGUUCCUGCUUAAUAGACUGGCAGAGAAUCAGCAACAUGUCUGCGGUUACACCUGCAACCCACUCAACGUUGUGGAUGCCAUCGUGGAUGUUUUGUUCAUGGUGGAUAUCGUGAUCAGCUUUCGUACCACAUACAUCAAUCAUAACGAUGAGGUGGUAACACAUCCUAAACGCAUUGCCAUCCACUACAUUAAAGGUUGGUUUCUUAUUGACAUGGUGGCUGCCCUUCCUUUUGACCUGCUCAUCUUUAAAUCCGGAUCCGACGAGACGACGACCACUCUGAUUGGUCUCCUGAAGACUGCACGACUGCUCCGAUUGGUCCGUGUGGCCAGGAAGUUAGAUCGGUACUCAGAGUAUGGAGCUGCAGUCCUAUUCUUGCUCAUGUGUACGUUUGUGCUCAUAGCUCAUUGGCUGGCAUGCAUCUGGUAUGCCAUUGGCCAUGUGGAGAGGCCCUAUAUGAAAACAGGCUGGUUGGAUAACCUGGCUGAUCAACUGGGGAAGUACUAUAAUGACAGUGACGCCAACUCAGGACCUUCCAUAAAAGAUAUGUAUGUCACUGCGCUGUACUUCACUUUCAGCAGCCUGACUAGUGUGGGUUUUGGGAAUGUCUCACCCAACACCAACUCUGAAAAGAUCUUCUCCAUCUGUGUCAUGCUUAUUGGCUCCCUCAUGUAUGCCAGCAUAUUUGGGAAUGUCUCAGCAAUCAUACAGCGUCUAUAUUCUGGAACCACACGCUACCACACACAGUUGCUGAGGGUCAAAGAGUUCAUCCGUUUCCACCAAAUACCACCAGGCCUGAGGCAGAGGCUGGAGGAGUAUUUCCAGCAUGCUUGGUCCUACACCAACGGCAUUGAUAUGAAUGCAGUUUUGAAAGGUUUUCCUGAAUGCCUACAGGCUGAUAUAUGUCUCCACUUGAAUCGCAACUUGCUACAGAACUGCAAGGCCUUCAAAGGGGCCAGUAAAGCCUGCCUGAGAGCCCUUGCCAUGCGCUUAAAAACCACCCACUCCCCACCAGGGGACACCCUCUACCAUCACGGCGAUAUUCUCCAUACCCUGUACUUCAUCUCGCAUGGCUCAAUUCAGGUGUCCUGCAAUGAAGUUGUGCUUGCUAUACUGGGCAAAAACAAUAUCUUUGGCGAGCCCAUUAACUUGUACGCAGAACCUGGCCACUGCAAUGCUGAUGUAAGGACACUCACCUAUUCUGAUCUCCACCAAAUCCAGAGAGAUGAUCUCUUGGAGGUACUGGAUAUGUACCCAGCCUUUGCUGAAAGCUUCUGGAGGAAUCUGGAGAUCACCUUCAACCUCAGAGAAGUAGAUCAGGUUCUUCACACCCUACACAGAGAAGAUAAUGGCUGCCAUUACCAUAUUAAUCACCCAAGGCAUCAUGAAAACUCAGUGGAGAGACGCAACAGGCCAGAUGGAAUGGAUCAAGAUAAUUCCUAUUCAGUUCAAACAUGCCUGGGUCAUCCCUGCUUUGCUGGCCCUCACACUCACUGGGAAGAACUGUGUAGCUGUGGCUCCUCCAGAACACAGUCUAGUGAGAACAUCAACAAACCACCUCUUUCCCACAGGCAAGUAUACAGCCCUGAAGGAGACCCCCAGGAUUAUCCUCCGUCUGCCCAACGGGUGAUUCCACCGAACAGCAAAUCUGGGAAGGGCAUAGAGCCUGGCAUGGACAGAGGAGCUCAUCUUUCUGGAUUGUACCAUUACUGGCCAGAUCGUUGGCCCACUCAGUAUGCAGGCCAUUCUUACAGAUCCUCUUCUGUCCAAGCCUCAUAUCAUCCAUCUCCAUUUGCAGAAGACUGUCCCAGUGAGCUAGAGUCCAGACUCGAGUUACUGCAAAGUCAGCUUAACAGGUCUGCCCUGUUAGAUUGACUGUUUAAACAGUUAAUAACUCUGGAUGUCUACUUUUGGUUUGAGCCCUGGAUUUUGCUUGUGAAGACUGCAUUUGUUGUUAAAAAUGAUAAACCAUCAUGAAGACCAGAGAGCUGUCUAUUGAAGAAAAGCAAGUCAUUUUGAAGCUGAGAAAAGGAAAAUCUAUCGGAGCCAUUGCAUGAGCAUAUGGCAUAGCCAAUAGAACAAUUUUGAAUGUCCUGAAAAAGAAUGAAACCACUGGUGUACUAACAACCAAACAUCAAACAGUCAGUGACAUCAACAACAACCUCUAUAGGGCAAGGGUGAAGGUGUCACAAUCUAGAAGACUUAGAGAUCAGAAAUAUAGAGGCCAAACCACAAGAUGCAGACCACUCAUCAGCACUAAGAAUCAGAACACCAGAUUGGAAUUUGCAAAGAAUCACCCAGAUGAGCCACAAAAGUUCUGGAACCAAGAUUAACCUCUACCAAAGUGAUGGAAAGGCCAAAGUGUGGAGAAAGAAAGGAUCUGCUCACGAUCCAAAACAUACGAGCUUGUCGGUCAAGCAUGGUGGAGGUAGUGUCAUGGCUUGGGCUUGCAUGGCUGCUUUUACAGAACAUUCUGUUUGCAAAUUUACAGAGAAAUGCAUCCAAUCUAAUUAGGAGUAAUUUCAGCAUGCAGCAAGACAAUGACCCAAAACACAGUGCCAACACAACAAAGAACUUCAUCAGUGGGAAAAAAAUGGACAGUUUUAGACUGGCCAAGUCCAUCACCAGACCUUAACCCAAUUGAGCAUGCAUUUUGCCUCCUGAAGAGGAGACUGAAGGGAGAAACCCCCAAAAACAAAUAACAAAUGAAAGAAGCUGCAGUACAAGCCUGGAAAAGCAUCAAAAAAGAAGAAUGCAAGAGUAUGGUGAUGUCAGUGGGUCGUCAGCUUGAUGCACUUAUUGCAAGCAAGGGAUAUGCAACCAAAUAUUAAGUGUUAUUUACUUUAAGACUAUUUGUUGCAAUACUUUUGCCAAAAAAAAAAUUGUGUGGUCUGCCACCAAAGGUGCCAUGUUCUAAGUUGUUUAACACAUCCAGAUGUACAUAUUAGGAUGUAUAAUAUCUAUCGUCUCAUGUUCAUUUUUUGAUCUCAAACUAAAAUGUCUUCAGUAUAUAGCAAAAACAAAAAUAAUUGGCCUUUCCAUUCCAGUACUUUUGGAGGGGAUGGUUAAUGCUUGGAAUGUUUGGGAUCCUUCAGCUGCUGCAAAGUGAAGCACCACUCACUGACUUGGCUAGGUCUGACUAGUAGUGAUGUUCAGAAUUCAUCCUGUUGCUGCUGCUAUUGUCUUUAUCAAUGAUGCUAUGCCAAGUGAUGUAGUUUCCCUUGUAGUGAUCUGUUGCCAUCCUUCACAAAUGACACUGGAUGGUUGUGUAAAUUUGAAUUGCAAACAAAUCAUAUUUAUCCUCCACACUUUCUUUAUGCCACUGUAGUGGUUUAAGUUUUAAUUUUUAUCUCGUUUAUAAGAUGUUGGCCUUCUGAUCAGAAGGUUGAGAGUUCAAGUCCCAGUACCACCAAGCUGCCACUGCUGGGCUCCUGAGCAAGUCCCUUAACCCUCAACUGCUCAGUUGUAUAAAUGAGAUAAUUGUAAGUCACCCUGGAUAAGAGCGUCUGCCAAAUGCCGUAAAUGUAGUUAAUUAUUAUUAUUAUUAUUAUUAUUUGCAAAUGCUAACCUUCUCCUUGAGUUCUUGUGGAUUAUUAGAUACAGAUGUUUACAGAUUUGUUGGUACCCUUACAGCACAUUGAAACAAUGCUUCAAAAAGUGAUGAAAUUAAAAGCAAUUGUCUCAUGUAUACCUGCAUGCCUUUGGUAUGUCAUAGAGUAAGGCAAAGAAGGUGUGAAAAGAAAUAAAUUAUUGCUUAUUCUACAAAGAUAUUCUAAUAUGGCCUGGACAGAUUUGUUGGUACCCCUAGAAAAGAUUAUAAAUAUUCAGAUUAUAGUCAUAUUUCAAGCUAACUGUUUUCUUUAAUUAGUAUCUAUAAUUUUCUUUCUGAUCUCCUCAGCAACAGUCUCCUUUGCUUGCUCUGGUCCAUGUUCAAUGACCAGAGCAAGCAAAGGAGACUGUUGCUGAGGAGAUCAGAAAGAAAAUUAUAGACAAGCAUGUUAAAGGCAUAGGCUAUAAGACCUUCUCCAAGCAGCUUGAUGUUCCUGUGACUACAGUUACAAAUAUUAUUAAGAAGUUUAAGGUCCAUGGGACUGUAGCCAACCUCCCUGGAUGUGGUCGCAGGAGGAAAAUCAUCCCCAGAUUGAACAGAAGGAUAGUGCAAAAGGUAGACAAAGAGCCAAGGAAAACUUCCAAAGAGAUACAACUGAACCACAAGGUCAAGGUACAUCAGUGUCUGAUCGCACCAUCCGUCACUUUUUGAGUGACAGUGGGCUCAAUGGAAGAAGACCCAGGAGGACUCUACUGCUGAAAGAAAAACAUAAAAAAGCCAGACUGGAAUUUUAUUUUGACAAGCCAUAAUGCUUCUGGGAGAAUGUCCUUUGGACAGAUGAGACAAAACUGGAGCUUUUUGGCAAGUCACAACAGCUCUAUGUUCACAGACAAAAAAUGAAGCUUUCAAAUAAAAAAAACACCAUACCUACUACGAAACAUGGAGGAGACUCGGUUAUGUUUUGGGUCUACUUUGCUGUGUCUGGCACGGGGUGCCUUGAAUCUGUGCAGGGCACGAUGAAAUCUCAAGACUAUCAAGGCAUUCUGGAGGGAACGUACUGCCCAGUGUGUGAAAGCUCUGUCUCAGUCGCAGGUCAUGAGUCCUCCAACAUGAUAAAGACCCAAAACCCACAGUAAAUGCAUCCAAGAAUGGCUAAGAACAAAACAAUGGACUAUUCUGAAGUGGCCUUCUAUGAGGCCUUGAUCUGAAUCCUAUCAAACAUCUAUGGAAUCUGUGUAGCUGAAACAUGCAGUUUGGAGAAGGCACACUUCAAACCUGAGACAGCUGGUUUGCUCAGGAAGAGUGGGACAAACUACCUGUUGACAGGUGCAGAAUUCUCAUUGAGAGCUACCAAUUAUCCACGAAUUAGCUAUUAUGGAUGCCAAUUACUUUUGUCAGUUUCAAGUUAUUUCAGAGAAAAUUGUGGGUUCUUCUUUUUUCAUGGAAGGGUAUCAACAAAUUUGUCCACGUCUGUAUGAAUCCUCUUAGGGUUAUGCCGGUGCAUUCUUCUCAUUAUAUUUAUUUUCCCCAGAGGUUCUCAAUUAUAGUCCUGGGGACCCCCUUAGGACCAGUGAGCCUACCUUGGUAGAGCAAAGUUUGGCUAAAGGCAUCAAUUUCAUAUCUCAUCUUUUAGACUAGAGGCAAGAAUGACUGCAGACAUUAACGUGAUUCUUCAGCUCCUCCAGAGACAGAUUACCCCUGUACCCCCAGCAUACAACUCUGUAUCACCUGGUAGCCACUGCGCAGACCCCUCAGUCCUGUAUGGAACUAGUG